CAUGUACUUGAACACUUUUACUGUCAGUUGUGCGUUUUAUCCUACCAGUGCUAUUUUAAGACGGUCCCUAACCCUGUGUCUCGUGCUCCGGUAUCUAUAUGGAGUAAGUUUCCGAAGUUCCGGUGUUUAUUCAAGGCAAACUAAGCUUGUAGCUUCUUUUUCGUUUUGCGCUUCAGCAGUACAAGAGUUUUAUCGUUUUACCACCACUGUGUUUAGUGUGUGGUCACCAGCUGAAACCGGUAGACUGUGCAUCACAACUAACGUACUUCUCUGCUGCAGCCUCACAUAACUGGACUAGUCCGAAAUGAAAAGAAACGGCGCGUACAGGUUUUUGUCCGUUUUCUCGUGCUUGAUCGUUUGCAUGUUCUUGUUAUUGUUUUGGUUCUUUGUGUUUUACUCAAUGGUGCUUGCACCAUAGAGCGUAGGAGCUGGGAUAGCAGCAAAGCUAAAAGUAGCGAGCUACUUACCCAUACUGCAUUUCUUUAUUGACAACUCACGUGGUCACGUGAUCAACUUCACCAGGAAGUAGCAACUGAGGAUCUUUUGAAGUUUGGCUAAGCAGCUGGUCAGUGAAGUUGUGAUGGCAUCUGAUAUCAGUGAGGGGCCAUCGUCUGCUGCAGACAUCAAGCUGCAGUUUGCGCCCUUCAGCAGCGCCCUGGAGGCAGGAUUCUGGCAUCAACUCACUCAGAAGAAACUCAAUGACUACAGAUUGGAUGAGAGCCCCAAAUGUAUCAAAGGAUACUACUACAACGGUGACCCAGUUGGUUUGCCCACUCGUCUAACUCUAGAGUUCAGUGCGUUUGACGUUGAUGGUCCAACUCCUGCUCGCUGCUGUCCAGCUGUUGGAACGCUGUAUAACACCAACACACUUGAUGCCUUUAAGACUACUGAUAAGAAGGCUCUGCUGGAGAAAGAGGCCAAAGAGAUAUGGGAUGCUGUACAAUCUGGAGCUGCACUGAAGGACCCGUCUAUCCUCUCCAGAUUCAUUCUGUUGACCUAUGCAGAUCUAAAGAAGUACCAUUUCUACUACUGGUUCUGCUUCCCUGCACUAUGUUUCCCUGAUGGGAUAAAGAUUGUUCAGCAGCCUUCUGUCCUAGAGCAAGUUUUCUCAGCAAGACAGGUUGCUGCCCUGCAGGAGGCCUAUGACAACCUGUGUAUCCAAAAAGAAACCACUGCAGUUCCUUACUUCCUAAUAAAGUACACAGAUACCACUGUUCAGAUGGCUCCUCUUGGGGAUUGGGGGACAUUUUUCACUGAUACUAAGAAGGUUACUGUGGGCGUCUACGAUCCGUGUACACUUUCCCAACAUCCGGGUUGGCCACUGAGAAAUCUACUGGUCCUCUUGGCUAACCAGUGGGGCUCUAAGCUGGAUACAGUGGAGGUGCUGUGUUUUAGAGACAGAACUCUGCAGGGAAGUCGCUCCAUUAAGCACAGCCUCAUGUUCCAGGUCAAACUACCUGAACUUCCCAACAACUCAGUUUGUCCAAAAAGUGUAGGUUGGGAGAAGAAUCCAAAAGGGGCCAUGGGACCCAGGAUGGUCAACCUGAGUGAAUGCAUGGACCCUAAAAGGCUUGCAGAGUCAUCAGUGGACCUGAACCUGAAGCUGAUGAGAUGGAGGCUUGUUCCAUCAUUGGAUCUGGACAAAGUGGUCAGCACUAAGUGUCUCCUUCUGGGUGCUGGGACACUGGGCUGCAAUGUGGCCAGGACACUCAUGGGAUGGGGAGUAAGACACAUCACAUUUGUAGACAACGCAAAGAUCUCAUAUUCAAAUCCAGUUCGGCAGCCACUCUAUGAGUUUGAGGACUGCCUUGGAGGAGGGAAGUCCAAAGCUAUAGCGGCAGUUGACCGUCUUACCAAAAUCUUUCCUGGUGUGAACGCUCAGGGUUACAAUAUGAGCAUCCCAAUGCCAGGCCACCCUGUGAAUUUCUCCCAGGCUACUCUUUCCCAGGCCCAGAAUGACGUGGAGCAGCUGGAGACCCUCAUUUCAGAGCAUGAUGUGGUCUUUUUACUAAUGGAUACGAGAGAGAGUCGCUGGCUGCCCACAGUGAUAGCUGCCAGCAAGAGGAAGCUGGUGGUGAAUGCUGCUCUAGGCUUCGACACGUUUGUUGUGAUGCGCCACGGCCUUAAAAAACCUCUCGUCAAUCAGAGCGCUUCCUCAGGAACAGACUCCUCCCCUUCCUGCUCCUCUGCUUCCUCUUCAUCCUCCACACCGGCUGGAUCUGCACCCAAUGUCCCAGGAUCCUCUCUGUUCUCCAACAUCCCGGGUCACAAGUUGGGCUGCUACUUCUGCAAUGAUGUUGUGGCACCAGGAGACUCUACCAGGGAUCGGACCUUGGAUCAGCAGUGCACAGUCAGCAGACCAGGUCUUGCCAUGAUUGCUGGGGCACUGGCUGUUGAGAUGAUGGUGUCCAUUCUACAGCAUAGUGAAGGCGGCUACGCGGUUGCCAGCAGCAGCGACGACAGAAUGAAUGAGCCUCCCACGUCUCUGGGUCUUGUGCCACAUCAGAUCCGAGGCUUUCUGUCCAGGUUUGACAACGUCCUGCCUGCCAGCCUUGCCUUUGACAAAUGCACUGCCUGCUCACCCAUUGUCUUGGACCACUAUGAGAGGGAGGGUUUCAACUUUCUCUCCAAGGUUUUUAAUUCCUCCCACUCCUUCCUGGAAGACCUAACCGGGCUGACUCUGUUGCACCAGGAGACACAGGCUGCAGAGAUUUGGGAUAUGAGUGAUGAUGAGAGCAUCUGAAGGCAGCGAAAUGUGAUCCAAAGGACUUCACACACCUACAAUUUUUCCUCCUGUAUGACUCUGACAUCUACAAAGGACAAGCUCUUUAUAUUAUAUACAAGAUGGACCAUCAGAGCUGUGCUAACAAAAUGUCUGAAGCAGGAGCACCUUCUUAACUGUUAAUGUUGUGUUUAUGCAGCUGUUGUAUAAUAGGGAGAAUGUAUCUGAUCCUUUCACCUGUUUAAUCAGUCACUCGUAUUCCAUGAGCAAAAAUUCAACAAAACCAUCAGUGUUUGUAUGAAGUGUGUAAAAAUACAUCCCAGUUUUAGUCUCUCCAUCAACAUAUUUAAUGGGUUUACUGAAGAGUCAAAUGGCAAGAAGCUGACGACAUCUGCUCGCUUGUUCAUUUUGGGAAAGAGCUUCAGAUAAACAAUGAAAAUCUAU